AUGGCUGAAGGAGUUAUUCCUACUACAUUAUUGAGUUCUGAAUCAUCUCACAUUCCAUUUUUGAGAGGUGAAAAUUUUUCUAACUGGAAAGAUAAGAUUCUUUUGACUUUGGGGUGCAUGGACCUUGAUUUGGCGCUUCGUGUGGACGAACCACCUAUUCCCACGGAAUCAAGUACACUAACUGAGAGGGCUUCUUAUGAGCGGUGGGAGCGAUCUAAUCGCUUAAGUUUAAUGCUCAUCAAAUCCCAUAUCAGUAAGGGCAUUAGGGGUUCAAUCCCUGACUGCAACAAGGUUAAGGUCUUCAUGAAGGCUAUUGAAAAGCAAUUUGUGACAUUUGAUAAGGCAUUAGCCAACACCCUAAUGAAGAAACUCUUAGGCAUGAGGCUUAAAGGUUCUAAAGGUGUGCGUGAACACAUUAUAGAAAUGCAGGACAUUGUAGCUCAACUUAAAACAUUGGAGAUAGAGAUUUUUGAGUCAUUCUUAGUACAUUUUAUCCUCAACUCUCUUCCUAUGGAAUAUAGUGCUUUCAAAAUUUCUUAUAACACAUAG